AUGUCGUUUGGGUACGCCAUAGGCGACGUGAUAGCCGUCUUGGGCCUCAUUGAACGCGUCGCCAUCGAGCUCCGCAACUACAAGGACGCCCCUUCUCAUUUCCAGCAGCUUCGUGUCGAGCUGGACCUCGUCCAGAGCACGCUACAACAUGUCUUGCGCCUAGAACCAGAGAGCGACGAGGAGCGCCAGACCCUGGAUCAGAUCCGGGCAAUUGUAGUCCACUGUUCGCAGCCUGUACAAGUCAUGGCCGACAAGAUGCGGUCUAAAGAAAGCAGCCUCGGCCAUUUCCGAACGACCAGGAGCCUCUCCAGCAUCGGAACAAGACUUCACUGGUCCAUGGUGGCUCAGAGUGAUGUAGACUCAUUCAGAAAGACUAUAAUGUCUGAGAUGGCAGCUAUCAACAUCCUCUUGAGCGUGCAGCAAUUACAAGCAAAAGCCUUGGACCGAAACCUGAAGGCUAUCAAUACGAACAUCGAUGACCUAUCACGGAAAACUGGAAAGACUUCAACAAUGAUCCAGCGUCAUGCCAAGCGUCUCUUUCGCCUGAUGCAAGACAUCAAGGAAAUGUUUACUCUAUUUGCAAAAUGCUCACAGGAAAUGCUGGAGGCAAUCUCUCGAAACACGCGCAUGCUUCUCGACAUCACUGGCCAGUUAAAACGUAUCAUGCGCGCUAUCGAAGCUAUCCCGAUGCAUCUCACUCUUGAUAUCGUGAGGCUCGAUGACGCUCACGGAGAGAGCUGGGCCCUACCCCUGCAGGCAUGUCGCACUUGGAAUUCAUUUUCCAAUAUGCUUCGGCUCGUUGUAUAUGCCAACAUGAGGCCCGGAGCAGAUCUUAUCGUACAGAACCGGUUCUCCAUCAUGAUGGCACAAAACGGUAUGGAACUUAAUGCGAGAGUCUGGGAGCGUUUCAUAAAGUCUGGGCUUCACAUCGAGCAGGCCAUGGUUGUCUCACGAGCUUCUUCUUUGGGAGAGAAUUGCGCCGAUUCUAGAUGCAGUGGUAAAGUCAUAAACCAAGCAGUGCAGCUAGAUCAGCACCGCAAAGUAUGCACUUCGUGUGGUCGAUGGACAACGUCACAGACGAUCACAGCACCACUUGUGGAGCUAUAUGGCCCACAGACCCAAGAACCUGUCAUCAGCCAGACGCGAGCGACCAGAAAACCAGAAAUUGGUCCCCAGUUGCCCCCCAUGCAACUCGAAGAGGAACCUGAAGCCUUCCGCAGGGUUACAUUUUACCAGACCUCACCGCCUAUUAAAGACUUUGAAGACGCCCGAUACCGAUUGGACAAAGACGCCAGGGAUCCAGCUGCGAAUGCCUUCUUUGGCUUUACGUGCCUCCAGGAUGGGGAAGAGCGCGGCGACGCUGACUUGCUCCGAAGGUCAAAGCAGCACUUAGAAAUCACUGUCACAUCAGCCAGAGCUGUUCACUUAAGUCCGUGGCUGUUUGAGCCCUGGUACAACCUGGGCGUUUUGUACGACCGCUGUUGUCAACCUAGUGAUGCAGCAGACGCCUUUCAAAGGUGCAUUGAAUGUAAUCCGGAAUUUCUAGCGGCUCAGGCACGGCUCCGAGUUAUCCGAAGCCAAAUAUCAGCUCCUAAUACUCAAGUAUCGAGUGAUGACUUGAAAGCCGGUAUGUAUGAUGGCCCGCUACGGAUGCGUUAUGAUGGGGUCCUAGAGGCCGAAGGGGACAAUAUUGUGAUAAACCCCAUACGUGAGAGGGGAGUAUUGGAGGAGGAUGAUUACAGCGGCGAUGACAGUGACUAUGAUGAUAGUGAGUAUGAGGAAAAUGAGUUCGAGGAUAGUGACUACGAGGACAGUGGCAGCGAGGGUGAUGAUUCCUGGACUCGGCCAGCCGAACCUUCUGUCUCGGAGCCGAUGGCCUGA